UGUGUGUGUGUGUGUUGAGGGGGGGGGGGGGUAUGCAUUAGGGAAAUUGCCCCUGCCUGAGAGGCUGCACUGUACUGAAGUAAUUAUGGCUGGUGGCGGGAUGCUGAGGCCAGGCUUUGCCUCUCUGGUCCAGACUCUUCUGCCGCAGAGCUCGCUGCCAGUCCGCACCCCCCAUCCCUCCACCCGCUCGGCUCCGCACAUACACACACCCCACCCUCAACAUCCACCCUCCCUCCACACACACACACACACACACACACACACACACACACACACACACACACCCUCAGCCCCACCCUCCCUAUCUCCCUGAGCACAGUGGUGCCAAGGGAAUGGGACAGUAUGUUUAUUGAUGAGAUGAAUGGGGAGGGAGAUAUCGGGAGAGGCAGACGAAUGCGCACAGCAGUCCGACUCCGGCCAUGGCAGCGCGGUGGAGCCCGCGGCGCUCGGGUGCCCUCAGGUUGGCCAGCGGCAGCGUCCCCCAGCCCACGACACAGCCGUCUGCCCGUCUCCACUGAGCACGCCGGGUAAUGAUGAUGGACACUCACCGUGGACAGUUGUGGUGGCGUGGCUAGGAGACUCUAGGCGAGACACAGAGACGGACACCUGCAGCAUGGGACUCACCUGCUUCAAGUCCUGGAAGUAUGACAGCACCACACAGAAAGGUGGAAAUAGGGAUGUGCUGGUCAGUCCUGGCUCCUACUUCUUCUUGUCGAACAGCUGUGGUCAGGGGGAAGAGUGGCUGAAGAGCCUCAACAAGGGUGUGUGGAUACCUUUCACAGGUGUGUUUGGCCAGCGUUUGGAGGAGACAGUGCUGUACGAGCGGCGGUAUGGGCUCCGCAUGGCCCCUCUGGUGGUGGAGCAGUGUGUGGACUUCAUCCGCGAGCGCGGCCUCACUGAGGUGGGUCUGUUCCGGCAGCCAGGCCAGGCCACGCUGGUCAAGGAGCUGCAGGAGGCCUUCGACGCCGGGGAGAAACCCUCCUUUGACAGCAGUACUGAUGUCCACACAGUGGCAUCUCUGUUGAAGCUGUACCUGAGGGAACUUCCUGAACCUUUAGUGCCAUUCUCACGCUACCCAGACUUCCUCAUCUGUGGCAAGAGAAUUUCUGCAGACAAGAAGCAGGGAUUGCGUGAGCUGAGGAGUCUGCUUCAUGACCUUCCUGUGGCUAAUUUUAACCUGCUGAACUACAUUUGCCAGUUUUUGAGUGAAGUUCAGACUUACUCCAGCAGCAACAAAAUGAGCAUUGAGAAUCUGGCAACUGUUUUUGGGCCCAACAUUUUACGGCCUAAAGCAGAGGACCCUGAGAGCAUCAUUGGAGGGGCAGCUGUGAUCCAGCACCUGAUGUCUGAGCUCAUACGGGAACAAAGCCUGCUCUUCUCCAAAGACAGGGACACCGAUGAGCCAAGGAUCUCCAGACCGGCUCCCCUGUCCCACCGUCACAGCUACCAGGCCGAGUGGAUGUGCACCGAGCUGGAGCCCCAGGAGAGUGACUCCCAUCUGGGGGUGUCCGCCGACUGCCUGUCCUCCCCCCACCCCCAGGCCUCCACGCCGUGCUCACGCCAGCUGUCGCUCCCGCUGACCCCCGAGAGACGGGUGUCGGCGCACAGUCCCAGGGAGAGACGGAAGUCCCCGUUUGUGACCGAGACCGGGGCAUGUCAGCUGUCCGUUUCCUCGGCCACGGGGCCCAGUCUGGCCGACCCACAGAGCUACGGCCCUGCCCCUUCAAAGGGUCAUUCCCCUCAGGAAACGGGACUCGUCGCUUCCCCCGCUGGUCCACCCUCUCCUGCCUCUUCUCAGAUGGUGCUGCUGGAGGUUCCGCAGCAACAGGCCACAGACUGGUCCGGCGCGGAGGAGGAGCCAAGCUGGACGGCAGAGAAGGACCAGGCAGGGAACAGUGGCAGCAGCGACGCGCAGGAGGACAGCACCCUGUCCGUCUACGACAACAUGGACACUAUGAUGACGUUCCACGUGGGCGGUGGCAGCGGCGGCGGUGACGACGCGGCAGACCCGGGCAGUGCCAUCGGCACGGCCGAGGGGGGCACCAGCGAGGCGGGCAGUGCCAGCUCGUGGUCGUCCUGCGAGGUCCUGCUCCAGGACUCCUUGGUGCGGAGUGGAAGCGCAGGUCCCACCAGCCCGUGCCAAGCCUCGGUCAGCUUCCCCUCGUUGUUUCGGGAGGGCCGCGAGGACGGCGACGUCCACCCCAACUCGCUUGCCUCGUCCUCUGCCCCCACUGACGCCCCGCUGAGCACGGGCAGCAGCGAGGUCUUCCUGCCCUCAGCACCGCUGGACCCCCACAUGCCGCCCACUGCCUCCCACGCCAUGCACUGCCUCCUAGCUGGACUGAGACAGCAGAUGGCCAGGCAGAAAGCCGAGUAUGAAGCCAGGAUCCAGAGGUUAGAACGUAAGAACGAGGUACUACAGACUGAGGUCGAGGGCCUCCGGUCAAGCCUUGAGCAGCAGCGGCGGUGGUUCAGCGUGGCGGAAAUCAAGAUGCGCAACGUGGAGCGCGCCGCGCGAUGCUGACCGACGCAACGCCGCCCUCCAAAAGGAGAUGGAACAGUUUUUUGACACUUUUGGAGAUCUCACCACUGAGGCAAAGAAAACAGAGCGCAUCAUACAGAGCUUCUAAUCUUUGGCCAUCAAACUGCCUUUACCGACUCAAUCGAUAACUCAAAACACAGGCCAAGGUGUUAGUUGUCAAGGGCUGCCUUUUAAAAUCCUGAAACCAGCCAAGUUACAACUCACUUUAUGAUGGCCUACCAUCACACGGAUACUGUAAAAGCCAACCUGCCUCUCAUUCUUGGGUGGUACCACCCAAGUUAAAUGGAAUAUACUCUCCCCACAAGAUGAGGGGAUCAGCAUGAUUUGUAGAAGGGUGUGAUGAACUACGUCCUGUGAAGCUGUUGCUGAUAUAGGAUGAUAGAAGCAUGGAUAGGAUUACUGGUUAUUGGACUGCUUUAUGCUACAGGUAGCUUACAGAUAUGAGGGAACCUAGACCUGCUUGAAAUCACAUGUAGCCUACACUAAGUGGAAUGACUCGCCUCUGGUUGGCAUCAUACUUCAUCACGUUUUGGCUGUUGAAGCUGAACUUUUACAACAGAGUGUUCCAUACACAUAUAGAUGUAAAUACAUUAUAAUGCACUCAUUUAAGAGUGUUCCAUACACAUAUAUAGAUGUAAAUACGUUAUAAUGCACUCGUUUAACUCACUCAUUUAGUACACUAAUAAAACACAACAAAAAGUGUCCAA